AUGCUUCGCCAAGCGUUGUCCGAAAGUGGGAAGAAAAUCUUAGUCCAUGCAUUUCCGGGAGAUAGCAUUUAUGGAGCCGGAUGUCGGCAUGCACAGGUGAAGAAAUGGUGUGAAAGUAUGAAAGCCAAUGGAGCUACUACUAUGAAGAUCCCAGCAACAUUCCCAUUAACCUCAGAAACGGUUGUGAAUUGUCCGAACUUUGCACAAGGUCGAAAUGUUUUAGGUGUGAUUCUGAUGCAACUCAGGGAGAUGCUUCGUGAGAACAAGGUACCAAUUGUGGACUUAAGCUCGGUAUUUGAUUCGCUUCGUGUUGGCAACAAUAAUGUCGACCCCAGUAUGGAUGACCAGGUGCGUCCUACGAAUUAAAG